AUGAUUAAGGCUGUUAUAAUAAUUAAUAUGGUCGGGAAGAUCCGGCUCCUGAAUGUGUAUGAGAAGGAGAUUCCACUUAGUGUGCAGCAGGAGCUGGUGCAGCGUGUUCAUUCCCUGAUUUCCCGUCGUGGUGCCGACUUGUGCAACUUUGUCGACAACUUCCGCGAGUGGCCAACACCCGACACUCGCGUUGUGUACCGACACUAUGCUACGCUCUGUUUUGUAUUUGUUGUUGAUAGUAGCGAGUCUCAGUUGGCGAUAUUAGACCUCAUUCAGGUUUUCGUGGAAGUACUUGAUCGUACCUUUGAAAAUGUGUGCGAGCUUGAUCUCAUAUUUCAUUCUGACAAGGUGCAGUUACUUCUGAUGGAAAUGGUGAUGGGCGGAAUGGUAUUGGAAACUUCGAGGGAAGAGGUGCUGCGGGCUGUGUGUGAUAUGCAGCGGCUUGGGAACACCAAAACAGGCAUGGGAUCAUCAUCUAGUGGCUAUCAUUACUAA